AUGUUCUCCACUCCAGCACAGCUCUUCAGCAUACCCAGGCUCCUCUUUAUCGUUGUAUGCGGCUGCGCUACAGUUCUUGGUGCGCUCGUUCAGAUCGACAACACCAGCCCGCAGAUACAAUAUCAGGGCGCUUGGCAAAUGACAAGCACGCCCGGAGGCGGGGACGUCAAUGACACGCUCGCGUCCUCACAAACCAAAUCGGACACAGCGAUAUUUAAUUUCACCGCCACAGGCACCUCGGUCGCUGUCUACGGUGCCCUGAAGCCCGUUGGGACGUGGAACAUGCAAUCUCAGUACUUCAUGGACGACGCUGCGGUGGUCACAUAUCAGCCGAACUCCGAACUCUCCGGGGAGCAGCAUCAAGUUGUAUUCUACUUCUCGGAGUCGCUCGGCGACGGGCCCCAUUCCCUCAGGAUCGUCAAUAUGGGCGAGCAAUUCUGGCUAGACUUCAUUGCGCUCGAGACGCCUGACACGCCGACGUCUGGCACCCCAACUGCGACGAACCCAAACUCUCCCUCCCCAUCCACUCUGCCUCCUCUCACCGUCACAACGACCCUCGUCCCUACCAUCUCUACCGGGACGUCACCAAGCGCAUUUUCAAGGCCCGCCGUUGUCGCUGGAAUCACAGCGGGUGCCGCUAUUUUACUGGGGAUCCUCGCGGUGGCAGCGUUUUUGUACGUCAGACGGCAUCAUCGAGCACCAGUGACUGCCAAUCUAGACUCUGUCGACCUACUCGGCAGUCCCGACCGUAGUACGACAAAUACCCAGCCGCCUUCGACCCACCAGUCUACUAUGUCGCAGAACCCCCUUGCCUCAUCGUCCUCCCACGCGUCUCUGCUCGUCCCCGCGCCAAACGCAUCCUCGCUCUUUGUAGAGGGCGGCUUCUCGGAUGGCGGGGACAGCACAAGAUCGGGCGAGCGCGUGGAGUAUCAUCGUCCGUUCGCGACGCAGGGCAGAUCUGUCGAUGGCGGCGUACGGCUCAAGGGAGGGCCGCCUGGACAUCACCUGAAUAUCUAUAACACGCCGUCGGAGAUCGGUUUCAAUCAUGCGGAAAGUCUGUUACCGCCGCAGUACGAAAUGCACCCCAUCGAAUAG